AUGGCAAUUAUCAUUACUUUAAUUUUACAACCAAGACUAUUUAAUACUAAUAGAAAUGAACAAGAUGUUACAAGUAAGAACAAUGGUAUGAAUAAAAUGAUAUUCAAUGAAACAAAUGAUGAUCUUUCAUUUAAUGAUGCUAAUCAUAAAAUAGAAGGAAUAACACUUGAUAAUGUGUUUAAACAUUCAGCUUUAUGUGGUAGAGAUUCAUUUGGUAUUACACUAAUAGAAUAUUCAUGUUUGAGUUAUUUAGCAUAUUCAAAGAAAUGGAAUGAUACAGUUCAAUCAAAAAAUAUAACAGAAUAUCUCAAAAGAAGAGGUUGGGAAAUAGAGUUUCAUAGUGAUGAAUCAAUGCUAUCAUAUGUUGUAGGAUAUAAUAUCAAAAAUAAAGUUAAAAUCAUUUCAUUCAAAGGAACAGAUUCAAUAAAUGAUUUAAUUUCAGAUGUAAAGUUAUUUGGAGAAGCCAUAAUUCCAAAAGCCUUUAAUAUCAUUCCAUUAUUUACAAAACAAACACUUCAAAAAGUGAGUUAUGUAAUGUCGUUUUUUGGGUCAAAAGCAUUUCCAACCAAUUAUAAUAAUCUUAUUAAUAUUGCAAAGAAUGAAGUAAAUAAAUACAAUGAAUCAACAAUACAAAUUGUACUUACUGGACAUUCACUUGGAGGGGCAAUUGCAAAUGUUGUUGGAAGUGAUAUUGGAUUAGCAAAUGUUGGAAUCUCUCCACCUGGAAUAUAUUUAGGAACAAAGAGUUUUGGAAUCAAGAAGAAGAAUAUGAAUAUAUUUACAAGAGUGGUAAUCCCAGAGAAUGAUUUGGUUGCAUCAAUGGGAAUACAUGGAGGAGUACAAAUAAAUAUUCCUUGUUAUGAUUAUUUCUGGAAAUGUCAUAACCUUAAAAAUACUCUUUGUACAAUUGCGGCAUUAUGUCAUGAGAAAGAAAUGAAUAAUUUAUGUAAAGAAGAAUGGAAUAAAUGGAAUUUCAAUUCAAUAACAUGGUAA